AUGUCGAAAGUUAUACGGGCAGAUGAACGCGUAACGAAAGGAGAAUGCAACGUUUCCGGCACUGUUGAUUUUAUCAGUGGCAGUGGACGAGUCAUUUUUCAGAAUAGUUUUGUUAAAGCAAGAUCACCCAUGGAAGGGCAAGGAAUCAGGAUACUUGCCCCAGGUGCAGAUCAGAAUACUCCGAAUCCAGGGCUAGUUCUUCAGAAUUGUGAAUUAUUCCCUGUAUCAGGUUUUAAUAGGACAGAAUUUUCUGGUGUCCUAGGCUGGCCAUGGAAAAAUCAGGGGAAGGGAGUAAGCCUGUCGAGUUAUAUAAGUGGUUUUACUGACCCGCAAGGCUGGGCUCCGCACCCGAAAGUGACGGACAUAUAUAUGGCGGAGUAUAAUAAUAGAGGACCAGGGUUAGAUACCAAAGACAGAGUAAAAUGGUCGAAAGUGAUUGAUAAAGAAGAAACGUUCAAGUUUACUGUGUACAACUUUCUGCAAGGUGAUAAAUGGAUCUCGAAAAUAAUCUCUCACUAUCUAGAUCAUCUUGAUGACUCCGAGGAUUCUGCUUAG